GGGUAAAAGACGUUUUAAAGUUAGCGGGAUUCAAUUCAAAAGAUCCACCAGAAGGAAAAUAAAGGCCAUUCUUUGCUUGUGUUUUUGUCGAAGGAAUCCGUAAAAAACGCUCAAUCGUUGUAUUAUCACAGUAUAUGAACUUGUCUUUAUCUUAACAAGCAUUUCGACCAGAAUUAUACACGGGGUUUGCCUAGAAUGGUUUUGAAAAGCGGGCAACAUUUCAUCUCGCUCCUUGUCAAAAUAUGGUUGUCAAGUUCAUUGUGAAACUAUGGAAGGAGAUAGUGGAUUAGACGUGCUAUCAAACGAUGGAAUAUUGGAUAUUAUUCCACCAAGUGAAUACGACCCAUUUGAGGCCAAAUUUUGUGCUUCACUUUUCUGGUUGGUUUUCCAUGCCACUGAAGAUGGUGGAUUAGAAGAUGUUCCCUCCCAAGUAACCAGUCCUAUUCAAAGGCUUGAUAAGAAAAAUGGCUUUGUUGUCCAUCCUGAGAUUGUGGAAUUUCUCUGCAAGGGAGAGGUUUAUUGUACAGUAUGUGCUAGAAUAUUUCCUGGAAAAGUGAUGCUUGCUGGUCAUUGGUCGGUUAUACAGACUCUGUCUAGGAAUGGCGUUUACGUCGUUGAUCACACAGACAUUGCCGUCACCGAUGCCUCGUUAGAGAAAAUGAAUCCUUUCAACCAGGGUGCGCAUAUUGCGCUAAUGGAUGCAUUGAUGACUGCGUAUUCGUCACAAGUUGUCAGUAUCCAGAGUGUAGUGCAGGCUGUCAGGCGAUUUUCAACAUUCAGUGCAUCACGUGAACUACCCUUUGACCUCGAAGAUGCUCUCCUGCUCUGGAUCAACAAGACCAACAUGGCUGUGAAUGCCAAAUACACUCAACCAAACCAAAGUAUGACAGGAAAACUUCUGCGCAAUCGUGAACAGGUGAAAAAGACUGGACUGAGGUCAGAUGACGAUACAGUGAUAGUAUUUCCUAUUAUUGAAGACCUCUUAAAGGGGCUCUGCAAUGGCAGAUCUCUCCUCGGAGUUCUGAUGUUUUAUGAACCGAAUGUGAUAAAUUUUGAAGAUAUCCGCUGCUCCGCCGAGAUCACUACAGAAGAUUCAGUCCGUAAUCUCGACGUGUUUCUUGGGCUCUGCAGUCAAUAUUUCUGCACCUCAGUUCUGGCGCUGAAGGUCGAGGAUAUUCUCUAUGGCUCUCCGUCAUUGAAGAUCAAUAUUGUCGCUUUGUUAGCUGAGAUGUUUUCAAAAUGCGAGGGAGAUGCUGCAGGAAACGUAAAACCAGAAAAAGAGCAUGCGCGAAGUAAAACAGCGUGUUCUCAGAAUGGUGAGGUGAUGGUUAAUGGUGGACACAAUGCUGGUGCUGGUACCAGAAGCCAUAGCGCACCCAUUACCAGAAAGCUGCACAAUUCUGAGAAGUUUCCUGCUAGCAACACCUUGCCCGAGUCCGGGAACACGGCGACUGUGAAGAACGCGAGAUAUCGUCAUGACGACAGUGACAUUGCGCUGAAGAUCCAAAAUUACGUUGAGAACGAGUCUUUGAACGUCGGAAUCCCAUCACGUGAAAAGCAUGUGCCAGCGGAGAAUAUGACGUCAGCAAUGGCGACAUCAUCAAAUGUGACAUCGACAGAAGUACCACCUAUGACGUCAUCGUGCUAUAUGACGUCAUCGGAUGACCUCACCCCAACUGACGAAAGCACGGUGGAGGUCCAGGGCGUCGUAGUUAAACUGCGUAAGAAGGUUUCGCGGAAUGUUGAACCAGGAGGCGGUCACGAAGCGUUGCUAUCGAGACGGAUGAAGAAGAGUUUGUGUGACUGGAGUCAGGAGAAUAGCUCAGAGAUGCCAUCUCAGACGAUCUCUCGUGAAGAACAGAUUGAUCUUGAAUCAAAUGAACUACCACCACCGCCAAGCGUCACCCCUGAUGAUCCCAUCUAUCCACCACUUGGCCUUACAAACCACCCGGAACAUGAAUCACCCCGCGACACGGAGCAUGAUUUCAAUCUUGACCUUCAUUCUCUACCAGAAAUCGACCCCCCUGUGGAUAUGCUCUCUCCCAUAUCAGAAACCACAGAACCGGGGGGUUCUGCGGGUAACUCGCUCAAUAACUCCAUGUCAUCAACGCAUGAACAGCGAGAAGCAUUUCGCCAAAGUUCUGCUGGAGAAAAAAGCUUCAAUUUUAAUCCACCCAAGGCCCACACCCCACGGAAAGCUGAAAACAGCCGCCAAAGGGAUGAUUUAAUGCCAAGAGGGAGUUAUAUUAUCACGGAAGUUAAUCACACUCCGGAGACUGCAUUCGCCGCUGGCAUUCCCAUUGUGGAACGCGAGUCACUAAAGAGUACCGCGCAAUCCAGUGAUGCUGCUCUAUUAUAUAGAUCAUCGUUUUCCAAUGGAACCAACUUGACCAAUGGUGUGUGCGAUGAAAAGACGCACGGCGAGCCUUCCGAUUUCAAUGACCAGCGGUAUGUAGAUGGAGCCCGCAGUUCCGACCAGCAGUAUUCAUUUCCUGACAGUGCCCGCAAGUCAUCGACUGGUGCAAACCAACCAUAUCCCACCAUCGACAUGGUCCGUGCAUCUUCAAACGAACGAUUUUCAGAUGGUGCCCGUGAACAGCCGAAUACUGCUGAUCAGCGUCAUCAUCACAAAAUUUAUGCGCAUUCGAACAACAACGAUCAACGUUUGAGAUCAGGAGGGGGUGAACAGGGGGCAAAAAGUGGCGCCCAGGGGGACUUAGAAUCAGGAGACCAGCGGCAUCAGGUGGAUCUUCGGUCAGACGGAAGGGAUGACAAUCGUUUCCUGACCUACACUAAAAAGAAAAGUUCUCGUAAAGAGAACGGCACAGAGUCUGGCUCGUCUGACGCGAAAUUGUGGGUGAAAGAUCAAGGUGAACAGAUUCAUAGAGAGAACAGUUUAGGAACAGAUCGUGAGGAUGAUGGUGAUACGGGACCAUUAUUGGUAUCAUGGUUUGGUCACGCGAAAAGUGAGGAAGAAUCCAUGCGUUAUGGUGAAGAUCAUUUAGCCUCGGAGUCCCGAGUGAAAAAGACAAACUGGGGAGAAAUGGCAUUUGAAGUGAAUGAAAGUUCAGAUGUGAUAAAAAGAGGUCCAUCUAACGAUUCAUCCAAGCCUGAUCCUGUGUCACGUGAACUGAAUCUACUGCGUUUGCGAUUGGCUGAAAAACAACGCGAUAUCGAGGCUCAAAAACAGCGAACCAAAGAACAGCUUGAUGAAGAGAGAAAGAGAUUCGGACAGAAUGUAUUUUGGUUGGCUGUAGGGAAGGGUAGAGAAAGAAAAGAAGGAAAUGAGGCAAACUCUCUCACAAAAGCCUCUCAGCACCGACAAGAUUUGUUGGUCAACCAGAACAGCAACGUGCAAAGGUCGGAACCAACAAACAACAAUAAAGUCGCAACCUUUACUAAACAGUCAUCUUUGGAUGGGGACCUCCCCCCGUCCAUGGGCAGAUUACAGGAUAGGAGCUUUGACAUAAAAGCGAACAAUAUAAACAGCUCUAAACCAUUACCCGAAGACAAAGCAUCGCAGCGUUUCGUCGAGAAUCGUAAUCCCUCGUUGGAACAUCGUGUGACUUCCGUGGAAGAUCAAAACACGUCGGAAGACGUCGUACAAUUCCGUUUAUCCCGGCAAGCGCCAACCAAAACUCUUACCGAUAAUUCAGAUUUACAGAAUUCUGAGAAACCAAAAACUCCUGUAUUAAAUUACAAAAGUAGGAUGAAUGUACCGGUUAGCAUCCAAGCGAAGCCAGUUUCAGAGAACUUUGCGGAUUCUCAGAAUUCUCAGGAUUUGGCUGUUGAUGGAUUGGGGCCGGAUGAGGGUGAAUGCUCAGAAGUCCAGUCACAACGCAAAUGCUGGGAUACAGGGACAGCCAAUAACAAUGAAUCAAACGCACGUUUGUUUGGGAAGAGCUCAAACAGCAACGUGGAAGCACCGCAGAGCCUGGUAAUGAGCGGUUCACCUGGAGUUUCGGAUAGUUCGGCACAAGACGAGCAAAGUCCUGAGGGAGGGAGUGAGAGUCCUCAUUCGUCGCCGGUUGAAGACGAUCGUGAGACGCCCAAGAAAGGCCUGGCACUAUUCAUUGGCGAAGAGAACGCAGCAAGAAAUAACGAUGGUUUGACUCCGGAGCAACUAAGAAAACGAGAGAAAUUUUUAAGAAACAGACAGCAGAAAAUUGAAGAGGAAAAGAUUAAAAAAGAAGCACUCUUGGAGAAGAAAAAAAGGAAAGAUGAGAAGAUGAGGGAGAUUCAAUUGAGACGUGAAGAAGAAGAGCAGAGCCGUCAAGCGAAGCUUCAGGAGAAGAGGCACCAAGCAGAACAUGCCAAGCAAGAACGAGAGAGAUACGAGUUGAGGAAGAAAGAAAAUCUACCUAGAACGAACAUUGUUGAUGGGGGUUAUGCUAGUAUAUCGCAGGGUAUUGAUAGAGUACCUGGUGGUAAUGCUGGAUAUAACAAGACAACAGUUGAUAUUCUGGGGAUUGAAGGUGGUAAGGGUGGAUACACGAGGACGGUUGCGAAGACUUCGGGAGAGAAUGCGUUUGAGAUUCAUGCACCCGCACAGAACACAACAUCUUCAGCUUUUUCGGGUUUUACAGGUGUCCAGUCCUACGUCAAACCAAGCGGGAAAACGAAUCGAAAAUUAAUAAUCAAUGCAAUCUCGCACGUCUGCCUGCCAGGAGUUGUUAACAAGGACACAAAGGAUAAAUGUUUACAGGCCAUGACGGAAUCCAGCGCUCAACAUUUUCUUAUCCUGUUUAAAGACGGCUUGAAAUUCCGCGCUCUUUACUCGCUGGACCUCGAAAGCAAUCAGGUAUUGAAAGUUUACGGAAUUGGUCCACGCUCAGUAACAGAGAAAAUGACUGAACAGUUAUACAAAUACAACAGUGGUGGCAAAGAAUUCUCAAAAAUUCCUGCCAAAGGCUUUUCCCUGUCGGUAGAUGGGUUUACUCUGCACAAGAGCUGUUGGCAAUCAAAUAAACCACCAGUUGCUUCAAAAACGUCCUCGAACUUUAAACAGUCCUCAUAUAGACCGACGAGGUAACAUAGCCAUGGAAUGGGUAGAUAAAUAAUCAUGACCUCGCUCUACCAUCCUGGGACUGCUGGAAAAGCAUUUAUUUGAUACAUUAGUCAAGCUUUAUGAAGAUGGUCUAACCUGGAUCAUUGUUCUUGGUCAUCUUUUAAGAUCAAAAUAGAUGACAGCCUUGUUGUGAAGGCGAGAAACCUGAAGACGUUGUUUCCCAGUCAUGAAACCUUGUUUUAAAGGUGACAAACCUAGAAACAUUCCUUCCCGGUUUCAUUUUUUGCGGAUUAACAAAAGAGAGAGGUUCUGCGCAUAGACUAAUUAUCCCGAAGUAACUGAUACCGAUUGAAAUAUGGCAUCAAAUGUGGUACUAUAACAACUGCCUGAAAUAGACAAAAGCACUUCUCGACGUUUCGACCUGAGGGCCUUCGUAAGGAGAGUUAUGCCUGUUUUCCACUUCAAUCGUAGCGAAGCGUAGCGUAUUCUUUGUUUCAAAGCCAUUAGUUCUAUCCGAGUGCUCAGGAAAGAAUGAAAGAAUGAUAUACCCUACACGACCAAAAAUUGAUCAGGUUGUCGCAUCAUGGAUGAACAAUGCUAUGCUGCACCCUGUGAACAGUAUUGUUAACAAUGUUGUUGAACCUUGUUGAAUCAUCAAUGUUGACGCAAUCACGAUG